UUCAGUACCGCUUUGUGGCUUGCCGGCGCCUGAUGUCGCCAUUUUACCGAAAACGUUAACAAAUUUUAUUUUAUUCAAACCUGUGGACAAUAUGCAGUUGUCCUGUGUAUAAUGUGGUAAUGUCGAUUCUUCAUUAAUGCUUGUGUUAUAUUUUUCUAUAAAUUCGUGAUAUCCGGGGCGCGAGUUUUAUUGUUGUUAUUGUGACCAGUGAAGAUGAUUGCCUUCGGCCCAAAGAAGGACGGCAGUCCAAACGUAAAAUAUUUUGAAUCCCCCGAGACGCUGAGUGCCUUGGAGGUGGUAAAACUAUGGCUUCAAAAGACCGCGAAAAAGUUUAUUCAGUCAGAUCCUCCAACAAACAAAUCAUUAUCUUCGUUAAUAAUUCAAAUGCUACAAUUCCAAGAAGACAACUUGGGAAAGAACAUACAGAAACCAACAAUGUCUAGGAUACCAGUGAAAUAUUUCAUGGAUUUUAAACCUGGCGGUGCACUCUGUUAUAUGUUGAGUACAGCUUACAGGUUUAAAAUGGAACAGGGCUGGAGAAGAUUUGAAUUUCAAGCUGCCAAAGAUCCUUGUUUGCAGACCCCAGCUAGGAUAUCAUCCUUGAUAGAAAUGUUUCAAAUGAUGGAGAAAACAUUGGUCCAGAAUAAAUUGUAUAUUUUGCCUGUGAUCUAUGUUAAGCCAGAAAUUGACAAAAAUCUUGCAAUGAAAUUGAAGGAUAUUAUUAAGAAGAGGAAUGGCCAAGUUGUUGAAUCUGAGAUGAGUGCUACCCACAUUCUUUAUCCACACUGUGACCCACUAGAAGAGGAAUAUGCCAGACCUGGUAUGAGACAAGAUAAAAUGAUCAUGAUGCACUGGUAUUAUUUCCCAGAUUCAUAUGAUACCUGGGUAAAUGUUGAGGGUGCUCUAGAAGGAAUGUCAACAGAAACUCCACCUCUGCACACGGGUACCUGGCGUGUUUCUUCCACGUGGCUUGUGGAUUCUGAUCAAUACAACGAAUGGAUGAGCGAAGAAGACUACGAGGUCGACGAAACUGGUAGAAAGAAAACACAUAAGCUCCGGCUCUCUGUUGAAGACCUGAUGAACCCAAUGGGUGAUCCGGAUAAGAACAAGGGUGACAAAGAAAUGGCUGAAUGCUCAAAUCUUUGCAACAGAUGGAACAACCAGGACUUUGCUGAGCAACAUGAGCACUUUUGUUCAUCUAUAAAGAAAGCUGGAAAACGGAAGAGAUCGCCAUCACCACAGAUGAAGGGCGGAAAGAGGAAAAGCGGCAGAAGUCCAGCGGUUGGGAAGAAAACUAGGCCAGAGGAUGCUGAAUCGGAAGAUCUAACGAAGGAGAUGGAGGAUCCACCACCAGAACCGAACGUGCUAGAGGUGAAUCCUUCGACGUCGGCGCAAUUAGGUAAAAAGGAUCACGAGUUGCAACCUUUGAAGGGAGGUUCCAUCACGGACAUGGAUGAUACUGAGGAACGUUGUGAGGAUUCCCAAACCGGAAAGAAUUCCGAUACAACGACGCAAGACGAAGGGCAGGAAGAUAAUGUGACUGAGCAGACGCAUCAUAUAAUUGUACCGUCAUAUUCUUCAUGGUUUGAUUAUAAUUCGAUUCAUGAGGUCGAGAAAAGAGCGCUUCCCGAGUUUUUCAACGGCAAAAAUAAAUCGAAGACACCGGAGAUUUACUUGGCUUACCGGAAUUUUAUGGUAGACACAUACAGGCUUAACCCAACUGAGUAUAUUACCAGCACGGCUUGUAGGAGAAACCUGGCUGGUGAUGUAUGCGCUAUAAUGCGAGUUCAUGCAUUUCUAGAGCAAUGGGGUCUGAUAAAUUAUCAGGUUGAUACGGAAUCGAGACCGACGCCAAUAGGGCCACCACCGACGUCUCAUUUCCAUAUCCUCUCAGAUACCCCAUCGGGUUUACAGCCGGUUAAUCCGCCAAAGACUCCUCAGCCGAGUGCCGCUAAAACACUUCUUGACUUGGACAGAGCGCAGGAAAUCAAGAAAACUGAAAAUAUAGAAUCAAUAUCAAGCUUUGGUCUGAAACUAGACCAAUACUCGAAGAAACCAGGUGCGCUGAAGAACAAAAGCGCUGCUUCCUUAGCCAGGGAUUGGACAGAACAGGAAACAUUACUUCUCUUAGAAGGUUUGGAAAUGUACAAAGAUGAUUGGAACAAAGUCUGCGAGCACGUCGGUUCCCGUACACAGGACGAGUGCAUUCUGCAUUUUCUCCGCCUACCAAUCGAGGAUCCCUAUUUAGAAGAUCCUGAAGCCGGAGGAGCAUUGGGACCGCUUGCAUACCAACCUAUUCCGUUCAGCAAAGCUGGUAACCCAAUCAUGUCCACAGUCGCUUUCCUUGCAUCAAUUGUGGAUCCACGCGUUGCCGCUGCGGCCGCUAAAUCAGCAAUGAAUGAAUUCGCAAGUAUCAAAGAUGAAGUUCCCGCUGUCCUAAUGGAUGCUCAUCUGAAAAAUGUAGAAGCAUCCUCCACUGAUGGUAAAUACGAUCCAGCCGCCGGGUUAGCGUUGAGUGGUAUUGCGGGAACUGUGCCUGAGAAAGAAGAAGAUGAAAAUAAGAUCAAGAAAGAAGAGGGUAAAGAGGACGAGAAAGUUGAAGAUCAGAAAAAGAACGGAAUCGAGAGCGCCGAUGAGAAACCCGAAGACAAGGUCAUGAAGGUGGAAUCUCAGGAUGAAAAGGACGAUAAAUUAGAUACGGCCGACGUGAAGCCGGAAAAGGUAGUCAGAGACAGUGAAAUGCAAAGCGCCGCCGCCGCAGCAUUAGCUGCAGCCGCCGUCAAGGCAAAGCACCUAGCAGCUGUCGAAGAACGGAAGAUCAAGUCUCUGGUUGCCUUGCUGGUUGAAACGCAGAUGAAAAAAUUAGAGAUUAAGCUAAGACACUUCGAGGAACUGGAGACGACUAUGGAACGGGAACGCGAGGGACUUGAAUACCAGAGGCAACAGCUUAUCACUGAAAGACAACAAUUCCAUUUGGAGCAACUGAAGGCUGCCGAAUUCAGGGCGAGACAACAGGCCCAUCAGAGGAUGCAGGCAGAGCAAGGGCAACAAUGGCCUCAGCAGCAGCCUGCUGCGUCGCACACUUCAUCCUCUGAAACUGGACCAAAUUCCACCCCGACGCCGCCGUCUCCUCAAGCUGCCGCCGUAGCGUCUCCGGCUCCGCCGCAUCACCACAUUUAAUUAACGGAAUUUAUUUUACUUUCCAACUGUUUUAAUUAAUUUCUAUCUGUGUUUCCCACGUCGGUCAUACAAUUUUAUUAUUUUUUUUAUUCAUAUAUACUAU